CAAUCUCUCUCUCUAUCUCUCUCUCCAGAGAUUACAGAUUAGAUAGUGUUGUUCUUGGAGGUCCCCAAAAGUCUAUACGUGUGUCUGCAUUUGGGUAAAACCUAAAUCCUUCCUUCACCUAAUUUUCAAUUUUCCUAAUAAAUUCCUCUCGUACUCCCACCGAUUUUGAUUAUUGGGUCAACCCGAUUCACCUCCGUCUGCGAUCGCUUCGAUCUGCUCGUCCUGCCGCUUGCAAUUCAAGGCGAGGGUUUGUCUCUUUUCUUUAUUUUUAUUUAUCUUUUGCAGGAGGGGAAGAAAUGGCUGGAGUUUCUGAUGAUCAAACCACAAGCGUAUGCAGAAACUGUGACAGAGAGAUACCUUCUUCAAAUUUUGACUUGCAUGUUGCCCACUGCUCCCGCAAUUUAGAAAGAUGUAAAGUUUGUGGUGAUAUGGUUCCCAAAAAGUCAGCAGAGGAACAUUUCCUUAGCACUCAUGCUCCGGUGUCUUGUUCUCUGUGCAGUGAAACAAUGGACCGCGACAUUUUGGAUGUACACAAAGGAGAGAAUUGUCCACAGAGGAUUGUGACAUGUGAAUAUUGCGAGUUUCCUCUGCCUGCUAUUGAUUUAUUGGAGCACCAGGAAGUAUGUGGAAACCGAACAGAAUUAUGUCAAAUGUGCCAUAAAUACGUGAGACUUCGAGAGCGUUAUGGUCAUGAAAGCAGAUGCAGCAGUGUUGUUAACAACGUUGCUGAAUCUUCAAGGAAUGCAAGGCCACCCGAGAGAGCCCGGGAUGCCCCAAGAAGGCAGCCACCACCACCGCGGGAUUUCUCCUCAAGGCGGUUGAUGUUUACUAUCGCCAUAACUGGGAUUGCUGUUCUGUUAGGCUCGCUGUUCUUCCAGAGGAAGCCGGAAACCAGUCAAGUGAACUGAUACCGAGGAGGAUAAUCCAUCGGGUUGCCAUUCUGCUCUUAUUACAAUCCUCGCUACUACGUGUUUUUUAAUUUUAUUUUUUACAUCGAACUCUGCCUGCAUCUUUGCAUGUUUAUAGAGUAAGAAAAAAGGAUUAUCCAUGCGAACACUCUGUUAGUAAAAUGAGAACCGAGGCGACCCUUUCUUAGGUAAAUAUCUCAUGUACGUGAAAAAAAACGAAGGAAACAACAUGGAUGUUAGCAUUAAUUCCUCUUGGACCAGGAAAUGAAUAAAUUAUAUGCGUAUCUUUUGAUGCUA